AUGGCCACCCGCGGCUGCGGCCGCCUGCUGCAGCAGCAGCUGCAGCAGCAGCUGCAGCAGCAGCUGCAGCAGCAGCAGCAGCUUCUUGAACGCCGCGUUUCCUGCCUUAUGUGCAUUUCCCCCAGCUCGCCUGCGUGGACUCUCCACCCGCAGCAGCAGCAGCAGCAGCAAGCGGGGGGCCCUUGGGGCCCCCGGGGGCCCCAGAAGCCGCGUUUUCAAGCAGUAGCAGCAGCAGCAGCAGCAGCAGCAGGGGGGCCCCUCUCGAGCGCAGCGGGGAAGCAGCGGCAGGCCGCAGUGCUGCAGGGCCCCUGCAGCGUGGAUACCUCUUUGGGAAGCAACGAAAAAGGGUUUGGGGGGCCCCCCGAAGUUGGGGCCCUUGCGAGGGUUGGGGGGGGCCCCCUGGGUUCUCUGGGGUGUAUGUACACCGCAAUUCGCGCCAAAAAGAAACGCGGGAAAAAAGAAGUCCAAAAAAAGAAUGCAGAACAACUCGAGACCAAGGCUUCGACUCCGCCGCUGCGCCUGGAAGACUACUCAGCAACUCCGCAGCCGCCUGCUGCUGUUGCUGCUUCGAUUCGGCUGGAGACUUUGCGGGCGUUGCGGGGCCGCAAAACUUCGCGAAUGUUUGCAUUUCGGAACAAAUACCGACUGAAUCGGCUGCUGGGCCUCACCCACGACGCUGCAUGCAGCGAGGGCCCCGAGGGAUCGCAGCGGAAGCCGCAAGGGCGGCAGUUUGUGACUCCGUUGACGCGCAUGCAGCACCAGGCGCGGCUGCCUCGGUCUUUGCUCCAUGACCGUUUCCACUUUCGCCACUCCUUGAGAUACAGCGUGGUUUGGGGGGGCCCCCAAGUGGCCCCUGAGAGGCCCUCGGCUUGUCAAGUUUCAUUUCGGCUAAAAGACUUAAACCUGACUGCAGCGCAGCAGCAGCAACUGAAGGCAAUUGUGGGGCCGGAGAGGCUGGUUGGGGACUUUUGCUGCUUGGAAGCAAAUAUCUUUCCGGAGCUGAAUCAAAAUGCUGCUUUCUUGGGCGACUCUCUGGAGCUCCUUAUGCGGGAGAUACGCAAAGUAUAA